AACAUUUAAAUAAUGAUGACGAACAAGGCUCAAAGGUUUUAUUGCAAAAAAAAGACCAUAUUCAACCGUCAGAAUUACACGAUGACUAUAAAAUGAUUGAGCCUUGGAAAUAUUCACUUGAUGAUAUGGGAUGGAUAUUAUUUGGUUGUCCGCAACAUUCAGUUUAUCUCGACAAAGAAAAGAAGGUUCUACUUUUGAUUGGAAAUAUGACGGUUCAAGUUUGGCAUAAUCAUGAUAAAAAAAAAAGAACUCUUAGGACUCUUGAAUUUAUUAGUGUAAUAGUUAAGAGUUAUAGUAACGAUGUUGAAAGAAUUCAAUUAAUUGAAAUGAGGCGAUAUCCAAUUGUUUGGCGAUUAUUAGAUUUUUACUUUGAUUUAUUGAGUAUUCUCAUCGAUGCGAAGGAAUAUUCACUUAUAAAAUACUUAUUAUUUAGCAAAAGUAAAGAUGCCGAUGAUGUCAAUAAUCCCGAAAAAGAGCGUAUUUUUAAAAUCCUUGAUUGUAUAGCAUCCAAACUUGAAAUCGAGUUUAAAAUCCUUGAUUGUAUAGCAUCCAAACUUGAAAUUGAUAAGCUUGAAAUCGAAAACCAAUUUUCACAAGAUAUCAA